GGUUUAGUAUGUCCACUUGUAGCAUUGCUGAAAUAGCAGAAAAGAAGCGCGCUGCCUUGGCCAAGCUGCAAGCCAAAAAGUCACAGCUCGUCAACUCUAAGGCGCCGCCGACAAAAAUCGCGCAGCAACAAGUACCAAAUCCCUCCCAGCUGGCCUUAAAGUCUCCAGUUAACUUCUACAGAUCGCCACCAGCGACGGAAAAUAACAGCAGAGCAGCUUCCACGUCCAGCGCCGCGGCCGGCGACAACAGGAGCUCAUCUUUUUUUAAUGCCCUUAAAGCCAUCAAGCAAACCUCUGCGCGGGAACAGGGCCGCGCAGACGCCCAUCCUUAUCAGCGUCCUAAGGGGGACAGCAAACAACAGCAGCCAACGUUGUCCCUCGCUGAGGAGAAGGAUAAGCCAUUGGCGGCUGUUUUCGUUAACUGCAUAACCUGUAGUGUUUAUAUGAUAAGUGUGCGCCGUUUUGCCGCAAAAACUUCGGCCUAUCACGAACAAUUGAUUGCAGUGUUCAAGAACAUACCUACCAGAUCCUAUGACAGUACCACCCGGCUCUGGAACUUUGAUGUCAAGGAUUAUCAAUUGUUCGAGACACAUGUUGCGGACUUAAAGCCCCAUGUGACCAUUAAAACCAUACCUAAAAAGAUCCUUGACCUCUGUCGGCAGCCACCUAAGACUCUGGAGCGUAGCGUGCUAGCAUCCAUCGAACCCAAGCUGGCGGACAGAUUGAUGCCCUUUCAACAGGACGGAGUAUGCUUCGCGAUUGCACAAAAAGGACGGAUUAUGAUCUGUGAUGAAAUGGGUUUAGGCAAGACCUAUCAAGCUUUGGCUGUAGCUGAUUACUUCAAGGAGGAUUGGCCCUUGCUAGUGUGUACCACGGCCUCAACGCGGGAUAGUUGGGCUGUGCACAUAACAGAGCUGCUUCCCAAAGUUCCACUCCACUACAUCCAGGUGCUCAACAAUAAUCAGCAGUAUGUAGGCGAUGCCCAAGUGUUAAUCACCAGCUACAACAUGAUGGAACGCCACAUUGACAAGUUGUAUCAGCGUAAAUACGGCUUCAUCAUCUUUGACGAAUCCCAUACCCUUAAGAAUAGCAAGGCUAAGUGUACGGCGGUGGCAAAGAGGCUCACGGAUCAGGCGAAACGAGUUGUCCUGUUGUCGGGCACUCCAGCUCUCUCACGGCCUGUGGAGCUUUUCACACAGCUGCAGCUAAUUGAUAGCAAGUUCCUGAAUUUUAAGGAGUUCUCUACGCGCUACUGUGAUGGAAAGCAAUCACAGUUCGGCUGGGAUGCCAAUGGACAAUCAAAUUUAGAAGAACUCAAGGUUAUACUCACACUAAAGUACAUGAUCCGACGCACGAAAUCUGAGGUGCUACCACAGCUGGCUGAAAAGAAUCGUGAAACUGUUGUCCUAGACCCCUCUUUAAUUUGGACCAACGACGAAACGAAGACCACUUUGGAUGCCAUGAACAAAGAGCUUCGAAACAGCAAAGGCAAGAUCAUGGAAGAGAUUCUACUGCGUUUCUAUGCGCGCACCGCGGAGGUCAAAGCCCGGGCUGUUUGUGCCUACCUCAAAUCGCUUGUCAAGGAGCAAAAAAAAUUUAUUGUGUUUGCCCAUCAUCGCGUCAUGAUGGAUGCCAUUAGCGAUUGCCUCAGCGCACUCAAUGUGCACCACAUACGGAUCGAUGGGCAAACGCGCAGCGAUCUCCGGGCGGACAUGGUGUCCGCGUUCCAGAAUAAAAGCAGCUGCCGGGUGGCUGUGCUCUCACUAAAGGCAUGCAACGCGGGCAUCACCCUGACCGCAGCCGAGCUUAUAGUCUUUGCAGAGCUGGACUGGAACCCAAGUACGCUUGCCCAGGCCGAAAGUCGUGCCCAUCGUAUUGGGCAGACAAAGACGGUGAUUUGUCGUUACCUGUUGGCCAAUGAAACGGCCGACGACACCAUUUGGAAAAUGCUAAUAAACAAACAGAAGGUCCUAAGCAAAGUGGGAAUCUUUGCGGAGAACCUGCAGCAGGGCACACAUACAUCGGCCCCCACCUCGUCCAACAAAAUUGAGCAGUACUUUUCGCCUGCCAAAUCUACUGUGCCUAUAAAGGGCACAAUCAAACAGUUCCUAUCGCCAGCUCCAACGAGAACUCCUAGCGAAACCAAAAACAAUCUCUUAGAUAAACCAAAAGAAGACAAUGAAGAGGCUGGUUUCGCAGAUUUCUUUAAAGAUGAUGAAGAUGAUGAAGCGUUUAUGAAUUUAGAUAUUUAGUGAAUAGAGUGCAUUUAUUUGUCAACUGUUGAAUUAUACGAAUAAAUUAUAGUCUUGAAUGAA